GAUCUUUAUCUCAUCUUCAAUAAUCAUUAAUGGCACAAAUCCGUCUUUAUGAAGAUCUUCGACCUCCUUAUGAGUGGGCUCGUGAUGAACGAAGUGACACUCUCGUUAUUCCUCUUGAAGGAUUUUCAAGGAGCCAAUUAAAGGUUCAAAUAUCAUCAUCACGAAAGGUCAGGAUAAGUGGUGAACGACAAAUAGAUGACAACAAAUGGAGUCGUUUUUACAUGGAAUUACCAAUCCCAUCAGAUUCAGACACAAACGAAAUUGCAGCCAAGUUUGAGAGAGGCACUUUGUAUGUCAAGUUUCCAAAGCUCAUCACUCCUGUUAUCCCUCCCCAGCCACCGCAGCCGCCGACCCAACAAGCUCCACCGCCACCUUCUCCUCCACCGCCACCUCCUCCUUCUCCACCGCCACCUCCGCCGAGAGGGGAACCAAAAGCAGACCAAGCAAUAGAAAAGAAGCCUGAAAAGAAGGAUGAGACAAUGAUGGAACAGAAGGGGAAAGAACCACCAAAAGAAGAGCAGAAGAAGGAAGACAUUCCAAAAGCAGGGAAAGAAUUGGUGGAGGAAGCAAAAGCAAAAGCCCGAGAAACAGAAGACCGUCAUAAGCAAGAAGCAGAAUCCAGAAGAAGGGCUUCAUUUUCUGAAGGACUGAGUUCAAUGCAAGUUCAGGAUUACAAGGACGCCAUUGUUGGUUGGGUUGCAGAGCUGACGAAUCAGGAGAAAGUAGUGAACAAGCUUGUGUUAGUCUUCGUGGUUCUUUUGCUUGGCCUCUAUCUCAAACACCUGAUCAAGUCAGCUUUUGGAGGAUCCAAAACCCCCCAGGAGCUAUAAUUACAUUGCACAACUUUAAUUUGAUCCCUUCAAAUACUUUUAAUGAUGAAAUUUAACAAAGAGAAAUGAGAAAAAAGUGAGUAGUCAAGUCAUAUAUUUGGAGGGUCCUAAACCCCAGACCUUUGAUUCAUCACUCUCAAGAUCCCUUUGCUAUAUGUACUUAUGUUAUAGCAUGAUAUAUACAAAGUCAUUUAAUUAUUUGUGUGCUUGCUGUACAUGUGUGAAAUUUCCAUAAUCAGAGCUUCAUUUCAUUAAAA